UUGUUUCAAAUGUUUUGGCUUUGGAAGAGUCUCUCGCCUAACCAACCAGCCCUCUCUCCGCCGCAGCAAUGGCUGCUCUCCGACACCCCGUCUUCACAUCUCCUUCGACUAUUCUUCCGUCGUACUCCCCGAACGGUAAAAAAAGAGUCUCCUUCAAAGUUAUCCGCUGUUCUUCCCCGGCCUCAAUUCCAUUCUCGUCAUUAAAAAGGAAAAACUACCUGCGACCCAAAAUCCUCAGAACCCUAGGUCCCACCAAGCCCCAGGAGAUCGAACCGCCGCGAAAAGUUCCUCCAAGAGAGGACGAAGUAUUCACGAAUAAGGACGAUGAUGUAGAGGAGCUCACCUCGGUUGUUGCUGCGCCGAACGAGGUGAAUGGUGUGUUCAGUAAGCUCUCUCCGAAGGUCCUAGUCAAGUACGGGUUGUGUCUGGUCGGAAUGUUCGCUUUUCAGACGGUUUGCGCUGUUUUGUUUCUCGGAAACUCGACGGAGAAAGCGCAGGAUAAAAGUUCGAGUCUUUCGUUAGAUAGCGAUGCGGUGGUUUCGCUAGAGGAUCUUGAGAUGAAUGAGAAGAUCGCAGAGAUUAGAAUGAUGGCACGUGAGGCACGUCGAAGCGAGGAAAAGAGUGGUGGUGGUGGUGGUGGUGGUAGAGAAGAGGAUGGUGGAGCGUUGAAUCCUGGUGGAGGGGUUGAGAUUGAGAAGGAGAUAGAAGCGAGAUUGUCUAAUAUUGAGAGACGGUUGAACUCGCAGAGAAAAGGGUUGGCGGGGUUACGCGUAGAGCCGUUGGAUGAGUCUAGAGAUGAUGAUGUGAAGGGUUUGAUGUUUGAGAAGAAGUACAAGUUUAAAGGCGAGAAGCCUCUUAAGGGUAACGUCAAAGGCUUUGGUGGAAGUAAUGAGCAAAAUGGCAAUGUUAGUGACUCAAGAGAUGGUUUGAAGAACGCUGAAGAAGAGCCAAAGUUGGCAGGGCCUUCAGAUUCCAAAAUGAUUUCUGGUGCUGCUCAGGGGUCUGAGCAAAGGCGACCAUCAAACCAAGUUAUGAAGUCAAGCAAUUCUGAAAAUCGAAAGCCAAAUACGGAAGCUGGUUCUGGAUUUGGUAGGAGUGGCCUACAUGGAGAAGUCAGGAAAGGAAACUCCAUGAGAAGAGUUAAGGAGAAACAGAAUAGAACGUGGUGGCUUAAGCUUCCCUAUGUACUGAGAAUUCUAAUGCGGAGUAAUAUCGACCAAGAAAUAUCUGAGGGGUACUUUACUAUGAGGACCGAACCUAUGGAACAAAACAAGGGUGAAGUUUCACACAUGAUUGCAUUUGAGGAUCAAAGUGAUGCAAUCAACUUCUCUUAUCUGCUGGAGUCAGUUUUUGAAGACUUGGAUGAUUUCAGCGCCAAUGUAGUUCCCAUAUCAACCAAGGAUCUUUAUAACGAAGUAAGUUCUGGUGGCAAGAAUGUGAUUGUUGUGAAGAAGCGGCAGCUAAAGCUGUAUGCUGGACAACCAUUUGAAGAUGUUGAAAGAGCCCUCCAUACUCUUAUCCAAGAACAAUGAUAGAGUUAAUAUUACGUAGGAUCUUCCCAGGUUUCAUCUGAUGGCUUGUAAGGGGUGUAUUUGAAUGAACAAGGUGAUUAUAUGUUUUCUACA